GUGACCUGUGCGACGGUGCAGCUCUUUUUUUUUAUACACAACUCAACUUUUUCUUCCCCCUCAUGGAUUUCCUCCGCGCUUGUCUCCUGUGCUCAGCUCUGCUCUGCCUCGCCAAGGCUUUUACGCAUCAGGAUAUGAAGGACGCGCUGCUGGAGAAACUGGGCUUGGAUGAAGUUCCUAAGAUCCAAAAAAGGGAUUUGGAGAACCUGGUGGUUCCGGCGCACAUCAGAAACAAGUACAUGUCCAUGCUGAAGAUGCACCACAGCAGGAGACGCAGAUCUCUGCCCAGCUUAGCGGGCAUCCUGAGGGGAAUCCCCGGCAAUGCAGACAUUUCUGGGGAGUACGUUUACUCUGACUCCGCCCGGUACCGCAUGGUGUUCGACAUGGAGGCGAGGAUCCCGGUUAACAGCGAGGUGACCAUGGCGGAGCUGAAGCUCUACCAGCGCGCCAACCAUCACAUGCGCCUCACUGUGGAGAGGAAGAACCACCGCGCCGUCAACAACGCGCGGGUCAGCAUCUACUGGGUGGAGGUGUUACCCAACGGAUCCAACCGGACAUCGCUAGUAGACUCAAGGCUGAUCCCCAUUCAUGAGAGCGGCUGGAAGAGCUUUGAUGUGACUCAGGCGGUGCACUAUUGGUCCAAGACGCAGCAGAAGACACCUAUGCACCUGGAGGUGUGGAUCGAGGGCGAGAGACCUGGCAGCUACGCGGGAGAGUUGGCCAGGAGUGUCCACUUUACCACCCAGGAGCAGACGGACAACACCUUGGGGAAGCCUGAGCUCAUCCUCUACACACUCAACCUCGAAGAAUACGGUUCCAGUGGCGACUGCGAGGUCAGCCAGAGCAAAGGCACCUGCUGCAGAGAGCAGUACUACAUCGACUUCCGCGCGCUCACAUGGACGCAGUACUGGAUCAUCGAGCCCGCGGGCUACCAGGCCUUCAAGUGCACUGGGGGCUGCAAGCAGCCGAAGCGCAACUACGGAUACGGCGAGCGGCGGUGCACGGUGUCCGAGAGCGCCCCCCUGCCCAUCAUGUACCUGGUGAAGAAAGGCGACUACACCGAGAUAGAAGUGGCCGAGUUCCCCAAUAUGAUCGUAGAACGGUGCGCGUGCACAAUGGACAACGUGUCUGUGGUAUGAAGUCACGGGGAGCAGCUGUAGUGAUCGGUUUCUUUCCCUCGUCGAGGUGCUGAUAUAUUUAAAGGUUUUAAGCGACACGUCUAGUACUUUCUAUUUAAAUGGACAUUAAAUGUGGAGUUUCACAGGCGACGGGGCUCCACCUCCUUCCACACGAGCACUUUUAUAUAAUUUGUACAUUUUUAUAUCUUUUUUUAUAUUCGAAUUUGUCUGAGGCUGCAGCCGACGGUGCAGCAGUCACUCCAAUUCUGUCUCCUGUGGUAUAUUUUCACGCUGUACAUAAUAUGAAUGAGUUUAUGUUUGGAAAAAAUAAAAAUAUUUUGUU